AUGUCCCCAGACAUGGCCGUCAUUGAUGAGUUGCGACAUCUGGAACUGCACCUGGAGGAUGAGUUUACGGACGCCCAGAAAGUAGCUGAGCUGUACGAGUUAGUACAAUACGCCGCCAACAUUGUCCCUCGCCUGUACUUGCUGAUUAUGGUGGGAUCGGUCUAUGUGAAGGUGGCACCUAACAUGCGCAAAGAGAUUGUGCUUGAUUUGGUUGAGAUGUGCCGAGGGGUGCAGCAUCCGCUGCGUGGCCUCUUCCUGCGCAACUACCUACUGCAGCAG